AUGUCCAGGGAUGAAGAGGCUGUUGUAUACGUCAUGCUUGAACACGUCAUGUUGGAAAGUAUGACACAGAGUUUGUUUCUUGUUGGUGAUAAAGCAGUUAUGGAAAGAAAUGUUCCUUGGGCCCUGAUGACAGUUUUUCUCCUGCUGGGUGUGGCAGAGGCUGUGGAUAAUUUGACAGAAUUGGAAAAUAUUGCAGGAAAACUGGUCUUCUAUCAAAUGGAUGGAAAUGCAACUUAUGUGAGAGACACCGGAGAGCUGGCUUCAUAUAUUCCCACCGAAACCAUGUUUGAAUUGUGUGACCCUCAAAAAAAUUACUCUCAAGCCAAGUUCUCCUACACAUGGGACUUGGGAAAUGGAGAAGUGAUUCAGGGGACAGAACCCGUUGUGAGGUAUCAAUAUGCAGCAUCUGGAAACUACACAUUGAGACUUAAACUUGGAGUCAGUUCAAACCAAACUGCGCAGCAAAUGACGGUCUAUUCCACAGACGUGACUGUGCUUGAUGCCAUCAAGCACAUUGAGCUGCAGGGGCCUAUAGACUAUGAAGUGUCUCAGAACAGCAGUGUGGCGGUCCAUGUGGAUGGAAGUCCUCCCAUGUGGGUGUGUUGGCGCUUCCUGCCCAACUGCGUCCCUGACCCGUACGGCGGCUGCACCCUGACCAUGCUGUACGGGAACACGCUCUGGCUCAACCACACCUUCACCUCCACGGGGGUGCACUGCCUGGACAUCAGCGUCCGCAACGACAUCAGCAAACUGCAGACCUCCUUCAGUCUGUUCGUCAAGAGGAACAGUAACGCUCACCUCAUCUUCAUCAUGGCCUGUGCUGCGGUGCUCGUGGCCACUUUCUCCUUCAUCGCGGUGAUCGCCUGCCGCCCGCGCCUCCACAGCAGAACACCGCUCGCUGCUUCCAGUAAUGCCAUCUUCUUGAAGAGCCAAGACUCUGAGACUCACAGCCGGAUCAUGUUCAACUUCUUCAACUCUGGCAAAGAGGAGAAACAGCCUCUGCUUUUGGAGUACGGAGCGCAGUAUUCUACAUAG